GAGUGCGUAAACGUGUGCGGCGUAUCAUGUUCUCGCGAUAACUUGGUUGUAAAGGAACCUGUCGUCCCGGUAGCAACGGAACGGGGCUAGGCGCAGAAGAGCCCCACGAAGGCCCGCAACCCGGCGGCGCAAUGGCCGAGUACAGCCGGACGGGCAUCCUGACGGCACUGCUGCUGUUUACGGUCGUCACUCUGCGGGAUUUUUAUCUCGGCAGGAACUUGAGUGAAGAGCAGCAGCGGGAGCGGCAGACCGCCGACAUCCGGGGCGCCGUGCCCGAAAGCCCGCGGGACCUGGAUGCGUUGAAGGCCGGCAAGCCGCAGAUGUACAUGGGCCCGGUUCUCAGGUUUCAGUACUGCAUUUCCUGAGGGUACAGCAAGGUGUACCAGGAGUACUCUUGGUCUAUCAGCCAGUUGUACCCGGACAUCAAAAUCGAGGGAGAAAACUACCCUCCAAAACCCAUUAACAAGUACCUUGCAAAUUUCAUUUCCUAUUUCAAACUCCUCGUCAUUGCCCUGAUCGUGAGCGGCCAGAAUCCUUUUCCUCUCCUUGGAAUCCGCACUCCAGCUAUAUGGUCAUGGGGUCAAGACAAUAAGAUAUUUUCCUGCCUGAUGAUGUUUUUCAUCAGCAAUAUGCUGGAGACCCAUUUCUUAUCUACAGGGGCUUUUGAGAUUACUCUCAACGAUGUCCCAGUUUGGUCGAAGCUGAAUUCAGGACGUGUACCUAACAUCCAGGAGCUUUUUCAAAUCCUCGAUAAUCACCUGAAGAUGAAUCAAGUCGGCAAUGUCUUCCCAUAGAGCUAGUUUCCAUGCUUAGUUUCUGCAAUGGUUUUCCCAGUGCGUCGGGCUGUCCUGUGGCGUAAUGAAGGCCUGCACUGCAAACAGCAUGCUAGGGCUUACCCAUUUGCAUCAUGGUCUGGAGUGGCAGAUGUUCUCUGUAAAAGCAAACGGCAGGUUGGGUUGAAGGUUACGUAAUCCUGAAGCAGCCCUGGGGUCCUCCCUGUAACCCCUCGGCAGGGGACACACGGUACCUCCUCGCUGGGCACCCCUCCUCUUUCAGGCGACAUGGCUCAGUGUCCAAUACCCUGUGUUUUCUGAGCCCUCUCUGCAAGCCACAGAACUUAACCUCUGUUUUUAUUGGUGUUUUUUUUUUUUCUUUCUUGCUGUUUGCAUUCCCGACCUGCAUUUCUCUUAAGGAGGCUACUCCCCCAUGGAGAAAACACUCCAGCACCCUCUGCAGAGUUUCGCACUCUGCGAUUAAAACAGAAGAUUGCAAAAUGGAAAUCUUAGGGGAUUUUUUUUUGUGGUUGUUAAACUUGUGGAAUUAAUGUCUAAAUAAAGGAAGUGGUGCCUGAA